GUCCUUGAGAUCCACAGAGGCGCAACUACAGAAGAGAUUCGCAAAGCCUACCGAAAGUCCGCUCUUGCCAACCAUCCAGACAAGGUGCCCGAGGAUGAGCGACCCGCAGCCGAAGCCAAGUUCAUCAACGUUCAAAAAGCCUACGAGAUUCUCUCAGAUGAUGACAAACGCCACCUCUACGAUACACAUGGCAUGUCUGCCUUCAAUGGCUCCGGGGAGCCCGGCAUGGGUGGCGGCAUGGGUGGCAUGCCUCCAGGCUUCGAGGAGAUGUUCGCAGAGAUGUUCGGUGGAGGCAUGGGCGGCAUGCCAGGAAUGGGUGGCAUGGGCGGUAUGCCUGGUGGUGGCCGAUCUCGUCGAAGCCCUGACGAUGAACAGGACUACGAGGUCAGCUUGGAAGAGCUCUACAAGGGCAAAACGGUCAAGUUUGCCAGUACCCGCAACAUCAUCUGCAGCCUGUGUAAAGGCAAGGGUGGCAAAGAGAAGGCCACGGCCAAGCAGUGCUCCACAUGUGACGGCCAUGGUCUUCAGGAGGUGAUCACACAGAUGGGCCAGUUUCUCACCAAGCAGACCAGACCUUGCUCAGUAUGUAACGGUCAAGGGUCAUUCUUCAGCCCAAAGGACAAGUGCAAGAAGUGCAAGGGCAAGCGCACCACCGAGGAGAAGAAGAUGUUGGAGCUUUACAUUGCUCCCGGUUCUCGUGACGGAGAGAGAAUCGUCCUGGAGGGAGAGGCCGAUCAAAUUCCAGGCCGCGAAAACGGCGAUAUCGUUUUCAAGCUGGUGCAGGAGGAGCACGAGAUCUUUGAUCGUGCCGGCUCGGAUCUUCGAGCGGAAAUUGAUAUCACCUUGGCUGAAGCCUUGACAGGCUUCUCCCGUGUGGUAUUGAAGCAUCUUGAUGGACGGGGUAUUGAGAUCAAGCAUCCUGCAGGCAAGGUCCUUUCUACCGGUCAAGUACUGAAGAUCAGUGGGGAAGGUAUGCCCAUCAAGCGCAGCGAUUCUCGGGGUGAUCUGUACUUGUCGGUCAACGUCAAGUUCCCCGAUGCAUCGUGGAAGCCCACCCCUGAAAUGUUGGAGAAGCUUCGAGAGGUGCUUCCCAAGCCGGAGCCGGCCAUUGAGGCGUCAACCGUGGAUGAGGUUGAGUAUAACUCAAACGGUAACAUGGACGAGUUUGGUGCUCGGGAUGCUCAUGGCGGUUCUGCAUGGGUCGAUGACGACGAAGACGAUGAGCCCGCACAAUGUGCUACUCAGUAA